AUGCAGCCGAAGAGCACCAACCCUCUGAAACGUCUACCCACCUGGGUGUCACUUUCUAUUGGCGUAUUUGUAGGGCUCAUGGUGGCAAGGUUGUUCACAUCAGAUCCAGCACCUGCAUCCUGGCGAGGAAGCCGUACACCCUCAGCCUACCACCCAUCCCGCGCCCGACAACCGAUCACGCUUCCGACGCUCGAGCAGCGCUUCCGGGUGCUCGAGCUGCUCACCUCGCUCUCUUCGCACUACACCAGGGAAUGCACGCGGAACGCGCAGCCUAUGUACAAGGAGCAGGCGGAGGAACGGUACGCGUCGCUCAUCGGGCACGAGUCACCCACCCGUUCGUCCUGGCUGGACACGCUCGGCCUCGGCCUCGGUGCUGGCGUGGAGGGCGACUACGUCCCACCGACGCCCCGCGGCCUGACGCCAGACACGCACAAGUACUUCUUCGCGAUCAACCUCUACAACUCCUUCGACAUUAUUCCGGACCUGUUUGCGACGCUCUUCCGCGUCGCGGCCAUCCUCGGGUACAACAACGUGUACGUGUCGAUCUACGAGAACGGCUCGACGGACCAGACGAAGGCGCUCCUGCGUAUCUUCGAUUCGCUCUGCCGGUCCGUCGGCCUCCGCGUGACGAUUCGCACGUCGAUGCGCACGCGCGGCGCGUUCAACCACCGCAUCGAGUACCUCGCGGAAGUGCGCAACGCCGCGUUCGUGCCGCUACACGAGCUGCGUGACGCGGAGAACGAGUACUUCGACAGCAUCAUCUUCAUGAACGACGUCCUGCCCUGCGUAGACGACCUCCUCGAGCUCAUCUGGCAGAGCCGCCGGAACAACGCUGGCAUCACCUGCGCGGCGGACUACAUGUACCACGAAGAGCUCGGCCAUCCCGUCUUCUACGACAACUGGGUCGCGCGGGACAUCAACGGGACCGCGCUCGAGAACGCGCCCUUCGAGGCGAUUUUCCACCAUGGCGCGUCGCAGGACCGCUUCCAGCGGCACCUCCCGAUUCAGGUGCAGUCCUGCUGGAACGGCAUCGCAGUGCUCGACCCCGCGCCAUUCUACUCGCCGCCCCACGUCCGCUUUCGCAUGGCGCGCAUCGUCGACGGCGAGUGCUCCGCGAGCGAGUGCAGUCUCAUCUGCAACGACUACUGGGAGGCGGGCUACGGCAGGAUCCUGAUGGUCCCGCGCGUCAAGCUCGCGUACGACUCACGCGUAUACGACAUCAUCCAUCCCGCGCGCCGAAACCUCACUGCGAUCCGAGGGUACGUCCGGCUGGGCGGGCUGCCUGACAACCCGCGCACGGACCCGCAAGACCGCGCAUGGUUCGGGCCCCAUGACCGGCUCUUCACUGACGAGGAGCACAUCCCGCUCGACUUUGUCCCUGGCCCUGAUUACGUGUGGUGCUGGGGCUGGGACGGCGCGGGCGAUCUGGACGGGCCUGACGUGGACCCUAUCUGGGAGCGCAUGCCCAACAAGUCGAUGGGCCCGGAGGCGGUCAGGAUUCGGCACGACAGGAGCAUGAACCUGCCGUACCCCUAG